UUGUGGUCGGUGCGUAAUGGAGAAGUGCGGAAACCAGCGACUAUCACACACUCCGAGCUCAGAACUGAUUGUUCAUUUCAACAUCAACAAGCUCAGAGUUCGUACAACGAGAUUAUCGAGAAGAAAUGAAAACCUCUCGGUUGUUGCGUGUAGACUUGGCCGUGAUGGUGUCGUUCCGGUCCGUUCGUCCUGCUUCUCUCCUCUUUCUGCUCGUAAUGACGGGAGUUGUUUCUCAGCAGCUGUGUACUCAGCAUCACUAUGUCUGCGCUGUAAGGGGAUCUACAGUGACCCUGGGCUGGACCUACACCUAUCCGUUUGUGUACAACGUGUGCUCUACUACAACGUCUUGCGAUCUGUUUACAGACCCUCAGUACAGCAAUAGGGUUCAUUGCACUGUACAGUCACCGAAUUGCUGCAGGGUUACACUGAGUGACGUGACGAUUCAGGACCAAGGGACAUAUCACUGCAAAACAGCUACAACUGAUCGAUAUGUUCACCUUUCUGUCACAGAGCUUCAGGUGGAGAUGGUUCCUGAGAGUGUGGUUGAAGGAGGUGAAGUCAUUCUGACGUGUAAAUCCACCUGCAGCCUGACCAACGCUCCGAUUUUCACCUGGUACAAAAAUGGAUGUUAUUUAUACUCCCUCUACUGGUCUGACCGGCUUCAUCUGCGAUCAGUCCGUCAGGCGGAUGCAGGAAGCUAUAGCUGUGCUGUACAGAGACAAAGUUAUCGCUCCCCUGCUGUCACGCUUAAUGUCCACUAUCCCCCUAAGAGGGUCUCAGCAUCAGUGUUCGUGUCCAUCAGUCCCCCGGGUGGGAUAGUGGAGGGCGAUGUAGUGACUCUGACCUGCAGCAGCGACGCUAACCCACCUGUCGAGACCUUCACCUGGUAUAAAGACAACCUUUUCAUAAGAACAGGAAAAAAUUACAUCAUCAUCAGGGUCAGCUCUGAGCACAGCGGAGAAUACAAGUGCAAGUCCAGCAACCGAUACGGCGAGAAGUACUCAGACAGAGCGGUUUUAAAUGUCUUGUGUAAGGGGUUUAUUGCAACUGACAUCCAGCUGAGCAACUGCGUCCUACUUAAAUAUUCUUACACUUCUGUUCUAUUGUCCUUUUUUACAGACGCCCCUAAAAGCGUCUCGGUGUCCAUCAGUCCCCCGGGUGAGAUAGUGGAGGGCGGUGUAGUGACUCUGACCUGCAGCAGCGACGCUAACCCACCUGUCGAGACCUACACCUGGUAUAAAGACACCUCCUUCGUAGGAACAGGAACACCCUACACCAUCAACAGGGUCAGCUCUGAGCACAGGGGUGAAUACAAGUGCAAGUCCAGCAACCAAUACGGCGAGAAAUACUCAGACGGAUCAACUUUAAAUGUUUUGUAUCCUCCAAAAAGUGUCUCAGUGUCCAUCAGUCCCUCGGGUGAGAUAGUGGAGGGCGGAGUAGUGACUCUGAUGUGCAGCAGCGACGCUAACCCACCUGUGGAGACCUACACCUGGUAUUUGGGCGAAUCCUAUAAAGGAACAGAAAAAACCCACACCAUUAUGAAGAUCAGCUCUGAGGACAGCGGAGACUACAAGUGCAAGUCCAGCAACCGAUACGGCGAGAAGUACUCCGAUAAAGUGACUGUAAAUGUCUUGUACGCCCCUAAAAGCGUCUCAGUGUCCAUCAGUCCCUUGGGUGAGAUAGUGGAGGGCGGAGUAGUGACUCUGAUGUGCAGCAGCGACGCUAACCCACCUGUCGAGACCUACACCUGGUAUAAAGACACCUCCUUCGUAGGAACAGGAACACCCUACACCAUCAACAGGGUCAGCUCUGAGCACAGCGGUGAAUACAAGUGCAAGUCCAGCAACCAAUACGGCGAGAAAUACUCAGACGGAUCAACUUUAAAUGUUUUGUAUCCUCCAAAAAGUGUCUCGGUGUCCAUCAGUCCCUCUGGUGAGAUAGUGGAGGGCGGUGUAGUGACUCUGACCUGCAGCAGCGACGCUAACCCACCUGUGGAGACCUACACCUGGUAUUUGGGCGAAUCCUAUAAAGGAACAGAAAAAACCCACACCAUUAUGAAGAUCAGCUCUGAGGACAGCGGAGACUACAAGUGCAAGUCCAGCAACCGAUACGGCGAGAAGUACUCCGAUAAAGUGACUGUAAAUGUCUUGUACGCCCCUAAAAGCGUCUCGGUGUCCAUCAGUCCCUCUGGUGAGAUAGUGGAGGGCGGAGUAGUGACUCUGACCUGCAGCAGCGACGCUAACCCACCUGUCGAGACCUACACCUGGUAUAAAGACACCUUCUUCGUAGGAACAGGAACACCCUACACCAUCAACAGGGUCAGCUCUGAGCACAGCGGUGAAUACAAGUGCAAGUCCAGCAACCAAUACGGCGAGAAAUACUCAGACGGAUCAACUUUAAAUGUUUUGUAUCCUCCAAAAAGUGUCUCAGUGUCCAUCAGUCCCUCGGGUGAGAUAGUGGAGGGCGGUGUAGUGACUCUGACCUGCAGCAGCGACGCUAACCCACCUGUCGAGACCUACACCUGGUAUUUGGGCGAAUCCUAUAAAGGAACAGAAAAAACCCACACCAUUAUGGAGAUCAGCUCUGAGGACAGCGGAGACUACAAGUGCAAGUCCAGCAACCGAUACGGCGAGAAGUACUCCGAUAAAGUGACUGUAAAUGUCUUGUACGCCCCUAAAAGCGUCUCAGUGUCCAUCAGUCCCUUGGGUGAGAUAGUGGAGGGCGGAGUAGUGACUCUGACCUGCAGCAGCGACGCUAACCCACCUGUCGAGACCUACACCUGGUAUUUGGGCGAAUCCUAUAAAGGAACAGAAAAAAACCACACCAUUAUGGAGAUCAGCUCUGAGGACAGCGGAGACUACAAGUGCAAGUCCAGCAACCGAUACGGCGAGAAGUACUCCGAUAAAGUGACUGUAAAUGUCUUGUGUAAGUGUUCCAUUGCUCGACCGACUGGCAUCCUCUCUCGCUGUUCUGUAGCAUGCGGGUGAGAAAGAUAAGUAUAAAAACUUACCGCGUGAUUUUAUAAGACGACACCCUACGAGCGCUUGUCAAAGUUUAU